UGUUUUAGUAGAAUGUAAUGCAGUUUCCGGGACUACAGAGGCAGUGUUUGAAGUUAACGCGGGCAAUUCUUUUUUUUGUGUCAACAACGUCUUCGGCCUUGUAAACAUCGAUAUAUAUUUUUCACGAAAUAAGGAUACGUGUAUAUGUUAACUUGAUGGCAAGUUUAGUUUCAGCGUGCAAAUAAAACACUCCUUUUUCAUUAACUGGGAGAAAUGGCGGUCGGGCUGUACUAUGCUAGCUAGACCGAUUUAUUAUCACGCUAACGGGCUAAAUACAUUUGUCUACACGGACAGAAAUGGACUCCAAAUACCCAAAUCUGGCGAGACCUCAGAAGAAGCGCCGGUACUUCUCCAUUAAAACGAGCGCAUCAACCAUGAAGGGAAAUGCCGAACUGGACAUUGAUGACUCCAAUACUUGGUUCAAAAACUUGGAUUCUCCCUCUGAUGUUGGGGAAGAGCUUCCCCCUCUGCCUCCCUCUCCGACCUUCACCCCUGUAGAGAAGGAGGAGAAGACUGGUAACCCUGUAGAGAAGGAGGAGAAGACUGGUAACCCUGUAGAGAAGGAGGAGAAGACUGGUAACCCUGUAGAGAAGGAGGAGAAGACUGGUAACCCUGUAGAGAAGGAGAGGAGAGAACCAUCAGUUCCAGAGACUGGUGAAGCGGUGCCCCAUGGAGAAGAGAUGCACAAGGAGGGGAGAGCAGAGAGCACUUUGCUGGAUACUGAGAGCCCAUUUAAAAAGCACGCUCCCAUCAAGACCUCCAGCCCCAUGAAGCGGCAGGAGGGGGAUGAGGACAAGGACAGAACAGCCUCUCCAUUGCUCUUGACCUGUGAUGAUGAUGAUGAUGAAGAUGACCACGGCCCUGUAAAGCAGCCUAUCACUGCCCUGACACCACAGUGCAACGGACAGGCAGCAGAUGGGGGAUAUGAUGCAGUGCUGGACUCUCCUCCCUGUCGGUUUUCUGUCGGCAAACAAAAGACGCCAUCUCGCAGUAUGCCGAAGAAGGAAGAGACACCGUGGAAGUUGACUCUGUCCCUGUGCAGCAUAGAGACAGAAGAGCCUCCCCAAACAAGCCCGUGUCCAGCAGUAGAACCCAAAGAACAACCAGUACCAGGGAAGAAGAGUCUGGCCCGACCUUCAGAGAAGAAGAGUCUGGCUCGACCUUCAGAGAAGAAGAGUCUGGCCCGACCUUCAGAGAAGAAGAGUCUGGCCCGACCUUCAGAGAAGAAGAGUCUGGCCCGGCCCUCAGAGAAGGAGAGUCUGGCCCGGCCCUCAGAGAAGGAGAGUCUGGCCCGGCCCUCAGAGAAGAAGAGUCUGGCCCGGCCCUCAGAGACGAAGAGUCUGGCCCGGCCCUCAGAGAAGAAGAGUCUGGCCCAGCCCUCAGAGAAGAAGAGUCUGGCCCAGCCCUCAGAGAAGGAGAGUCUGGCCCAGCCGUCAGAGAAGGAGAGUCUGGCCCAGCCCUCAGAGAAGGAGGGUCUGGCCCAGCCCUCAGAGAAGGAGAGUCUGGCCCAGCCCUCAGAGAAGGAGAGUCUGGCCCAACCACCAGAGAAGAAGAGUCUGGCCCAGCCUUCAGGGAAGGAGAGUCUGGCCCAGCCUUCAGGGAAGGAGAGUCUGGCCCAGCCUUCAGGGAUGGAGAGUCUGGUCCAACCACCAGAGAAGAAGGGUCUGGCCCAACCACCAGAGAAGGAGGCAACACCGGAAAGGAAAGCCACAUCCUCCUUCCUCCAGAAGCUGAGAGAGGCUGGUCAGUCCAAGCCUGCCUGGAAAGCCCUGGCGUCUCCAGUGAGAGAAGCUCCUCUCACCGACCUGGAGGAUGACUUCCUGAUCCUGGAGGACGAUGGUCCUUCCUGGUUCUCCCUUCGCAGGAAGACUGACCCCAACAGGACCACAGCCACACCUCAACCGCAGCAGAAGGACCAAUCACACAGCAGUAAUGACGCCUCAGCUGACACACUCACCAAGGCCAGCCAAUCAGAGAAGGAUACAGCCAAGCUGAGAUCAGGAGGGACAGCUGAAGUGAAAACUAAAGAGAAGAAUGCUACUGGAGGCUCCUCCCUCAUACCUGUCCUCACCAAGUCUACAGCCAGGAAGAAGAGGGACUCAAGUCCCCAGGGUGAUGGGCCUGUCGAGGCAGACCACAUAGAACAAGACCCGAAGAAGAAGGUCAACAACCCGUUAUCUGAACCAACGACAGCAGGUUACCUGGAACUAGGAGGAGGGGCUAAGCCUAAACCCAGCCAAUCAAAAGCCCGCACCAAAACAGAAAAGAAAGUUCCCAGAAUAUCUAAAUUCCAAGCUGGUAUCCAAGGUAACAAGGUGAACCCCAAGACGAGCCGAGGACGAGGCCUGCAGUCUGGGAAGACCAGGAGACUGUCAGCUGGAGCUGGGGAGGAGCCCGUCAGCAUGGAGGAGGAGAGUGAAGCUGCAUCAGACCAGGAUGUUUCACCAGUUCUACAGUUGGCACCGACAGGACAGAGACGAGUCAAGGUCCCAGCCAAUCGUAAAGCCAAGGAGGUCGGCCCCUCCCCUACAGGUGAGGCUGACUCCUCCCAGGCCGGCCAGCUAACCCAGUUAACAGGGAAGAGGAAGAGGAUCAAGCCUGGUCCUUGGUGGCUCACCAGCCCUUUCAACACACAGGUCACAGAGACAGUCAACACACACACAGCAAACAAGUACAAACACAAUAACAAGAAAACAAAAACCAAACCAGCAAGAUAUUCCUCUGUGGAGUCAGGGCAAGAGGAGGGGACAUCAAGACCCUUGUUUAAUCAGAACGCAAAGAAGAAACCCUCGUCCAAUCUAACCGCAGAAAAUAAACCUUUGUCCAAUCAGACCACAGAAAAUAAACCCUGUUCCAAUCAGACUGCAGAGCAUAAAGCAGAGAAGCCCAAGAGGGGCAGAACUAAGAAGCAAAAGACGACCAGUAGAGAGGAGCCAGCGAGGCCUGAAGGUCAGAGAGAAGAGGAGGAGGCUGAGGCCUCUACGGCAGAGCAGCAGGAGGAGCAACAGGAGCUGGGGGGGCUCAGUCCCAUGCCCAGCCCUCUCAGACAGCAUACACUCACCCCAAGUGAGAAGGUGUUUGACUGGAUCUAUACUCGCCCUCCCAAGUGUAAAACCCAGAGUCACAUUACCCCCCACUCUGCUACCGUUAUCCCCAGCAGGAGUGAUGCCUACCCCACUACCGUUACCCCCAGCAGGCAGUGGCGUCAGGCCAGGGAGGCUCCAGAGAAACACAGCAGGAGGAGGAGGAAAGCUCCAGGGAACUGGUGGGUCACCAACAACCCCCCAGAGAACGCUGACAGCACCUCUUCAUUCCCUCAACAACCCCAGCCUUACCCCAAAAAACCUUCACCCCCUCACCCACAGCCGAACCCAAAAACUCGCAAGGUGGAGAGAAGUAUGUUCCUUGGACCCCCUCAGAAUGGCAACACAGCCUCCUCAACUCAACCUGGAGGAGGUCAGACCCCGCUGAAGAGGAAGGACCUCUCCGCCCCCAAGACGGUCAAGCGCUCUCUGGCCACCAUUGGCGCCGUCUUCUCCUCGGGCAGAGGAGCGCUCCCGGUGGCCACGGUCAGAAGCAGCACGUGGCAGACUUUGGGGAGGAAAACGCUAUUCCCUAGAGCGCCUGAGGAGCAGUCAGCCCAGAGCCCCAGCACCGGCCUCAGCUCUGGGCCAGCUAAUGACCCCUCCCAGGACCCAACCAGUGACAGGAGCUCCAGCCCUGUGGAUCUGAGUGCCAGUACUGUCUGCAUAGAGCCUGUUGGACAGCUGGGGAAAAAGAAGACCAUACACCGAGACUUCUCCCAAAGCAACAACCGACUCUCAGACAACACGUUAAAAGGGUUCAAAAGUGGACCGUCUUCCAUGAUUGAACUGGAGGAUUAUGAAGAGAAUGACGACAUCUGUGUCCAGUCGUUCAGAGUGACGCCCCAUCCGUCUGUCCAUCAGUCUGUCCCUCCUGGCAUCGUGCUGUCGGACCCUGAGGCUGUGACUGAGCUUUGUGCUCCUCCUCUCAGAGCCAUCACACUGCAGCUGGAGGACAAGGCCAACCUCACAGACUGGAUGGCUUUGCUCUGGCCUGCCACUGGGAAACAGGGAGGCCAGAUCAGCCCAGAUCAUUUCCAGUGGUUCUCGUAUCGAGACAGAGCUCUUGGUUACAAGAUGGACCUGCUGGCUGAAACCUUCUCCAAUGGAAAGAUCUUGCUGGGCUCCUACAUGAAGAAACCUCUGCUGGUGGACCACAGCGCCACCACUGUGUAUAACCUCCUAACCAGCUCAGUAACUGUGAAGAUCAAUGGCAAAGAGAACCAUUAUAACCCAGGACAAACCUUCAUGGUCCCAUGUGGCCAUGCCUACAGCCUCCACAAUCUGACCCAGGAACCUGCUGCUCUACACUUCACCAGGAUGCUGGCAGAGAGCUCAGAGUGAGGCCUGGAGACCACAGCCAGGGGCUCAGUAAAGUACAAUAGUGACAGGUCAGCGUAGUGAAGGAUCCUUAAAGACGACCACCAGGUACCUCAACAUAGGAGUGACUGAGACCAGCAGAGACAACAAGCUAGAGAGGCCCUCCUCACCUACAUUCCCAAGGACUUAACAGGAAAUGACCAGCCAGUAAUUUAAAUGGAAAAGUUAGAAAGAUUAAAAGUGUACAGAGGCCUCUGCUGUAAGUGUUUGUUAUUGUCUUAUUGUCACAGUAACAUUUGUAAAUAGCAAUACUUUUGUUUCUAUGGUUUCUUGUGCCCCCCUACUGUGUACAUUUAAUGUGACCAAUGAAAUAACUUGUAAAGGCUUCUGGGUAUUUUUAUUGGAAUAUUCAUCUUCUGUCAACUGUUGCAAACACAUGGUAUGUAAAAAUAAAAAUAAAAAGUAAUUCAGUCCUG